AUGCGUUUCAACGUCUUGGUUGCUCUGUUUGUGGCCACGUUUGCUGCGAGCGGCAAUAGCUUCAUAACCGCGAAAACGGACGCUUUGGAAGACAAUAUCUACAACAGCAACGAAGUGGCUCGCCGUCUUCGUGGAGAUAAUGAAGUCCAAGAGGAGAGAGGUAUUCCUUUUUUCGGGGGAAAAUCAGCAAUCGAAGGAAGCGAAAAGUUUUUCGAGGGUUUUAAAGCAAGCGAAAAGCUUUCAGUAAACGAAGGGAAACUAGCUACUGAGUUAGAGGGACUGAGCCCUAAAGGCAUUGCCAGACUGAGUAAGAAUGACAUUAAGGCAGUGGGUAUAUUGAAAAACGACCCUGUAAUGAUGAAGAAAUUGACGGAUUUGGCUAUCAAGGGCGCCAAAGGAAAAACGCAUUGGCUAUUGAAAACGAUGCAGUAUGGGCUCAUGGUUGCUGGUGUUAUCGGUGUCAUUGUGGUCUUGUGGAAAUGGGCCAACAAAGCACCUCCAAAUACGACUUCACAUUCUACGGCAACAGCUGCACAUCCGGCAACAGCUGCAAAUCCGGCAACAGCUGCAAAUUCGGCAACAGUUGGAAGUACGGCAUCAGUUGGAACGACGACUCCGACCAGUGCUUAG